AGCCGGAAGUCCGGGUCCGCGGCCGGAAGUCCUGGCCCGCAGCCGGGGGUCUUAAUUCCGCGGCCGUUGUGGCGGUUACAGCGGUUCUGUACCCAGGAUCCGAAUGGAGGCGGCACGGGAUCCCGGCCCGGGGUUGUGCUGCAAGCCCGGCGGGCGUCUGGACAUGAGCCACGGCUUCGUACACCAUAUCCGUCGGAACCAGAUCGCUCGGGACGACUACGACAAGAAGGUGAAGCAGGCGGCCAAGGAGAAGGCAAGGAGGCGCCACACGCCCGCGCCCACGCGGCCCCGCAAGCCAGACCUACAGGUGUACCUGCCGCGCCACCGAGAUGGCUCUACCCACCCAGUGAACCCAGACUGUGAGGAGUCCAGUGAAAGCAGCAGUAGUGGAAGCUCUGAGCUGGAGCCUCCUGGCCGCCAGCUCUUCUGUUUAGACUAUGAGGCGGACAGUGGAGAGGUCACAUCAGUUAUUGUAUAUCAGGGCGAUGAUCCCGGAAGGGUGAGUGAGGAAGUGUCAGCACACACACCACUGGAUCCAGCCAUGCGAGAGGCCCUCAGAUUGCGCAUCCAGGAGGAACUUGCAAAGCGCCAGAGCCGACACUGACGGGGUUGAAGGCAGGAUUCACUG